CGUACUUUUUAGUGUAGGACAUAAUUGAAGAAAUGUUAGAUAAAGAAAAAGGAUGGAAGCAGCACGUGAGAAGACGGAAAAGGAAGAACAAAUAAACCAACAAAUCACGACGUUUGGUCUUAAAACGCUAGGAUCAAUACUCUUACUGCAGGCGUAGAAAAUUAAGCUAACCACCGCGUGUGUGUUCCUUAGCUAUAUAAAUCGAUAAUACAACAACAAUACAUUCUUUUUGCUCCUCUCUCAAUUCCCACUUUCACACAACAACCAAAAACCAGAAAUGGAUUUUCACAAGAUUAGCGUUGCUAAUCCCAUCGUCGAAAUGGACGGAGAUGAAAUGACAAGAGUAAUUUGGAGAAUGAUAAAAGAUAAGCUUAUUCUCCCUUUUCUGGAGCUGGAUAUUAAGUAUUUUGACCUUGGCCUUCCUCAUCGAGAUGCCACUGAUGAUAGAGUUACUAUUGAAAGUGCCGAAGCUACACUAAAGUAUAAUGUAGCUAUCAAAUGUGCAACUAUUACUCCAGAUGAAGGCCGUGUCAAGGAAUUUAACCUAAAACAAAUGUGGAAGAGCCCAAAUGGAACAAUCCGGAAUAUUUUAAAUGGUACAGUUUUUAGAGAGCCAAUUAUCUGUAGAAACAUUCCUCGACUUGUUUCAGGUUGGACGAAGCCAAUCUGCAUCGGAAGACAUGCUUUUGGCGACCAAUAUCGGGCAACUGACGCAGUUAUAAAAGGCCCAGGAAAGCUAAAAUUGGUGUUCGCACCAGAUGGGCAUGAAGAAACUAAAGAGCUAGAGGUGUAUAACUUCACUGGUGCUGGAGGUGUAGCUUUGUCCAUGUAUAAUACUGACGAGUCCAUUCGAGCUUUUGCUGAAGCUUCGAUGAACAUUGCUCACGAGAAAAGAUGGCCUCUCUAUCUUAGCACUAAAAAUACCAUUCUAAAGAAAUAUGAUGGAAGAUUCAAGGAUAUAUUCCAGGAAGUUUAUGACACGCAGUGGAGUCACAAGUUUAAAGCUGCAGGAAUAUGGUAUGAACACCGUCUUAUAGAUGAUAUGGUUGCGUAUGCUCUUAAAAGUGAUGGAGGUUACGUAUGGGCCUGCAAGAAUUAUGAUGGGGAUGUGCAGAGUGAUUUCAUAGCUCAAGGGUUUGGUUCUCUUGGCUUGAUGACAUCAAUACUGGUUUGCCCGGAUGGGAAAACCAUUGAAGCAGAGGCAGCCCAUGGCACUGUUACCCGUCAUUUUCGGGUCCAUCAGAAGGGAGGUGAAACCAGUACAAACAGUAUUGCUUCAAUUUUCGCCUGGUCACAAGGUCUUGCACAUAGGGCAAAGUUGGAUGGAAAUGCUAGACUGUUGGACUUCACGGAGAAACUAGAAGCAUCUUGCAUUGGAACAGUAGAAUUGGGAAAAAUGACAAAGGAUCUUGCACUUCUUAUUCACGGACCCAAGGUUUCUAGGUCUCAUUAUUUAAAUACUGAAGAGUUCAUUGAUGCUGUUGCCGAGGAGCUGAGAACAAGAUUAACUACAAAAGCAAAGCUGUAAAGUUCACCAGUUUCUUUGAGUCUACUUAAUGAUAUUAGAUUGGACUAUUACUUGGGUUAUAAGCAUUUAUUGUGCUGAGUUUUGAAUUUGGAGUAUGUUCGUUUGAAUAAAAAAUGGAAGUUGAGUGGAGAGAAUUUAGGCAGAAUAAAGCCAACUAGUCAAGGGACUUCCUAGGGGCCCAACUCUACCCAACUCUGCAUUUCUAAAUACCAGACGACUCCAAAAAUAUACUUUUGGAUGAAAAAAUAACUAACUGUUUUUGUCCCGUUGUAUACUCUUGGAUGACAUAAAAACUAAAUUUUUUUGAAUGUGUUUUUCUGAAGUGACUUUAGGGGGUGGGGAAAGUUGGGGCCCUUCCUAAAUUGGACUGUUGCACCCGCUACAGAUAGGAAAGAUUGGUAUUCACAAAAAGUUCAUUGGCUUGGUAGAACAUCAACUGAUUUUGAAUUUUCCAAGCCAUAAAAGGGACUAUUAGUGUAACAUCCUCCUCAAGUUGAGAAGCUACAUAUUCUCUAUCUUAUAUUCUCUUGUCAUAGAUAUUGUCAUAUUGAAAUAUUUUUGGUGAAAAUGAUUACAGAAGCAAAGCAUAAUAUGAA